GUAGGUAGUUACAGAUCAUUUAGAUCACAGACCAUCGGACGGACCAACCUAGUGACAGUGAUUGAUUUGCUACUCGAGCGAUUGGGAUUCAAUUCGAUCCCAUUCCAUCAAGUUCGUCUCGUCUCGUCAUUCUCGAGGACCGAGAUAGUCAGUCGAAAAUAGAAUAGGGAACUCUGGACAGUGCAGUAGGAUAGAGACUAUCGUUCGUACCGGACAUAACACGCAACGACAGCAGCAACUACAGCAGCAACUAGAAUAACACACACAAAAAACAACGACACACACGCCAUUAUGCCCUUUCCCGGACAACGCCGUCGUCAAAACAGCAACAACAGCGGCGGCGGCCGUGUCCGCAUCGCCCGCAACGGCGGCAAGGCCGGACACGAAAGCCACGGCGCGUCGCGGGCUUCCCUCAACACCUUCUGGAACCGAUUGGACGAAGCACAGUUCGAAGCACAACCCGCCGGAGCCAAUCCGGUGCAUGUCCGCGAAAAGACCGCCACGUUGGGACAGCGCAUGCUGGGACGGAGUGACAGCGCGACCGACAAGAAACUGCAAGUCAAGGCCGUCACGGGCUCGCGCUCGAACCGCUCGCGACAGUAUUCCAGUGACGGACGGGGUGCGCCACCGCGACAACUCGUCGUCCGACAGUAUUCCAGUGAACGUCUGCUGCCGAAUGAACGCCAGGCACAGACCAUCAUGAACGAUCCCGGGAGUUUUUGGGCGCCCGUCACGCGGGAAGAAUUGCAGCAGAUUGAAGAAACGAGGGCGCACCGGAACGAUGCUAAAACGGAAUCAAUCACUAUCCCAUCGCCCGUGGCCGAAGAACACACAAACGUGGAAGCAACACACGACGUACACGUGACAGAAGUACAGGCUCCGCACGAAAAAGAUCAAGUUAGCGACUACGAACACAGUGAAGACGAUGAUGACAGUGUCGUUAGUCUCGUCACGUCCCAACAAGUUGCCGUCGUUGCCGCACCGGUGGUGCCUUCGACCCGCACGCGUACCGUGGUCGCCGCACCCUCCAAGAAGCGGGGUAUCUUUGCAUCGCUACGCAGGAAUAAGUUGUCCAGCGGCAGUAAGGUCGUUCUCCAGACCUGA